CUAUAACUGUUAUUACUCAGUGUAAUUUUGAUGCAGCAGUCUAACGCUCGUUUUAAAUAUACAAAAUUUAGAUAUUUAAUUAAAAAUCAUUAUAAUAAUUAUUUUACUUGGUGCUAUAGAUAACAAUUAAUCUGGCGUCUCAAAAUUAUUGUUGGAAUAAAUCAAUAAACAAUGAAUUAAAAGAGUCACUAUAUGUAAACAAUCAUGAAAAUAACUGGUCUCAGUGUCCAAUGUGCCAUAGAACAAUGCAAGAGCCUUGUCUUCUUGAUUGCCUUCAUCCAAUUUGUUCCAAUUGCAUUGAUGCAUGUCUCAAAGUGGUACCACAAGACUCGCGACAAUGGAUUCAGGCUCCUUGGAAUCUUCUUGGGCCAUUCCAAGUCAAAGAGGAUGUCCAAUCUGUGAUUACCCUUUGCCAACAUCAAAAUCACCGACACCUCCACCACAUUAUCCACUUCAGCACCGUCUUUUAAUGAAUGCUAUCAUAACAAGGCAACUUUUGUGCUACUGUGACACCUGUAACAAUCAGCAAGAGGCUUCUCUUCACUGUUCUACCUGCUUGCGGAAUUUUUGUUUGACUUGUGGAACAAAACAUCAUCAAACUCGUGGAGUGAGAAGUGGAAUCCAUAAAGUUUGUCCACUCUAUCAAGCUAAACGUUUUAGACGUACAACAGUGUGUCUUAAACACCCUGUACAUCCAGUGCGAUUUUAUUGUAUCGCUUGCCAGCAGGUGGCUUGCUGCGAGUGCAUGUGGGGAGGUGAACAUCGAGGCCAUGCAAGUGAGGAACACACGGUAGCAGGCAAAACAAUUUCUUCUCUAUUAGCGAAUGUUAUCCGCAAUGCCAAAAAUCUUCUUGAUAGAUUGCUGCUUCGUUAUACAUUGAAUUCAUUCUCAUCGAGCUAUUCUUGUCGUAGCAAUCAUUCUACUCAACCGAAUCCUCAACAUUGGCAAGACAAAGAGGACUCUUUAUAUACUAAAGAAGCUCGUCAAAGAAUAGAAGAGUUCAAUCGACUUAAAAAUGCACGCUAUCUUCUUGAUGCUAUUUCAUUCACUGAACAGCUUCUUGCUGAAGGAUCCUACGCAGAAAUUUUAAGCUUAGCGAAAAUUAUUCUGAAAAGAUUUCAAAUGCUGGGUUUAAAUAAUCGAUUAGAUAAUUCUUAUCGAAAUCAUAAUCAUACGGGAGUAUUCCAUUGCUGUUCUUUCUGCUCGAGUGGUGGAAAAAAAGAGGCAACGUGUGCUUGUGGAAGAACGAUGCCUGGUGGCUACAGAGGUUGUGGCCAUGGACACCCCGGACAUCUUCAUGUUAAACAUUGGUCUUGCUGUGGAUCAACAGAUCCGAACAGUAUUUGUUCGCAACAAGGUCCACAAAGACCGAUCUAUCGUUUUAGACUGUAAUCACCAACUAAUUUAUUUAAAUUCAAUAUCCAUUGUAAAUUAUACCUAACAAUCCUUGUAUUUUCUUUCAAUCGAUAUGUCUUUUAUUAUUUUUUUAAUGACAUUAUCUAAAUGCAUAAUACUAUUCGAUUGAAAUUGAAAAAAAAAUUUAAUACUUUUAUGACAAAAAAUUGAAAUUAAUAUAUAAUUAGAUCGAUAUCUGAAUAAUAAAAUAAAUAAAAAAUGUGAAGA